AUGGGGAGUAGACUUAGCAAAAGGAAGCAUCUUGGUGUGCCUGACAAAUCUGCAGACCAGAAGGCUGAGAAGGCAGCCAUGGAGAUGGAAGGGACCCCACAAGAGUCACCUGAGACCUAUCUUGCUGCAGAGACAGCACUAGAUGCCACCCAAGUCAUGGGCAAGGCCCACUGCACUGAAGAUCCUGUACCAGGGACCACAGAAGAGACUGAGAUCCAGACUGCCAUACAGCAUGGUGAGGCCCAGCCCAGUGCAGAGACUACUGAAGGGAAUGAGUCACAGCCAGAAGCACAGAUGCCACUGGCAGUUCCCCAAAUCACCGAGAUCCACCUUGACACAGAGACUUCAGAACACACUAGUGAGGCACAGCUUGUUGAGGAGAGUUCAUUAGAUCCCAUAGAUGAGACUGAAGCUGCCACGGAGCACGAUGAGUCUUCUCCUACAGGAGAGACCACAGAGAUGACUGAAACCCAAUUUAAUGCAUUGCACGACCAAGGGACUGAGGUCCAGUUUGCUGGUGAGAUUCAUCCCAUUGAAAUUAGCAUAUUGAAGAUUGAGGACCAGCCUCCUGCACAGAACGGAGAAGAAACUGAGGUGCCGGUUGCAAUGCCAAUCAUGCAAGAGGCUCUCAGAGAGGCCGAGCCUGCGGUGCAGACCCCACAAAUGAUGGGUGAGGCAGAGUCCAUUGUAGAGACUGCAGUAGCCUCCACAGACGUGAUAGCAGCUCAUCCUGCUGUGGAGGACACACAGCUAGGUAAGAUGCAACUUGCUGAAAUAGGUGAGUCCCAGAAAGUAACUGAUCAUGCUGAGGCCUGUUCUACUGCAGAGCUUGUGGAGGUGACUGAGGCACAACCUGUUUCCCCAAGCACAUACAAGAGCCUCCAAGACACAGAGGGGUCCCAGCCUCCUGCAGAGAAGUCUCUAGAACCCACAGAAGUGAGUGUGGUGCCUAGUGCAGAAACCACCAAAGGGAAUGAGUCACAGCCAGAGGUACAGAUGCCACUGGCAGUCCCCCAAAUCACUAAGACCCAGCUUGACACAGAGACUUCAGAACACACUAGUGAGGCACAGCCUGUUGAGAAGAGUUCAUUAGAUCCCACAGAUGAGACUGAAGCUGCCACGGAGCACGAUGAGUCUUCUCCUACAGGAGAGACCACAGAGAUGACUGAAACCCAACUUAAUGCAUUGCACGACCAAGGGACUGAGACCCAGUUUGCUGGUGAGAUUCAUCCCAUUGAAAUUAGUGUAUUGAAGAUUGAGGACCAGCCUCCUGCACAGAACAGAGAAGAAACUGAGGUGCCGGUUGCAAUGCCAACCAUGCAAGAGGCUCUCAGAGAGGCCGAGCCUGCUGCACAAACCCCACAAAUGACGAGUGAUGCAGAGUCCAUUGUAGAGCCUGCACUAGCCUCCAAAGAUGCGAUAGUGGCUCAUCUUGCUGUGCAGGACAUACAGCUAGAUGAGCUGCAACUUGCUGAAAUGGAUGAGUCCCAGAAUGUAACUGAUCAUGCUAAAGCCUGUUCUACUGCAGAGCCCAUGGAGGUGACUGAGGCACACCCUGCUUCCCCAAGCAUGUACCAGAGCCUCCAAGACACUGAGGAGUCUCAGCAUAUUGCAGAGAAGUCUCUAGAGAUCACAGAAGUGAGUGAGGUGCAAAGUAUUGCACGAGCCAUAGAGGAGACUAAUGAGGGCCAGCAAAUUGCACAGGCCAUAAAGGCUAAAGUCUGCUCUAUUGAACAGACUUCUCAGAAGACUACAGAAAUAAUGAUUGGGUCACAAUCUGCUAUAGUGACCACAGGAGAGUCUGGUGAGGCUCAACCCAUUGAGGCUCCUAGCAUCGCAGAAGUGGCUGAGGUGCGGAACGCUGCCAAGAACAGUGAGGACCAACCUUCAUCAGAGACCACAGAGGUGACUAGAACACCACCUAUCGCACUACAUGUACAAAAGACCAAAGCAGUGGCUGGUGAGGGCCAGCCUGCCAUUGAGACCUCAGAGGUAAUGGCUGACCCCCAGCCUACUAUGCUAGGCGAGCCAGAUACUGAGGCCCGCAAGACUGUACAGAGCACAGAAGAAAUUGGUGAGGGACCAACUGCUCUGCCAGCUGUGCAAGGCAUCCUGCAAGAGCUGCUGCCUGCUAGUGAAGCCCAGCAAGCUGUAGAGAUCAUAGAAAAGAGCCUGCAUGUGACUGGUGGGACCCAACUUCUUGCAGAGACGAAGUCCCAGAAUACCACAGAGAACAACGAGGCCCAUCCUAUUCCGGAGACUGAGGCAGCGUCUGUCCCAAACACACAAACUCCUCAGGAGCUUAGUGCAUGGCCAACUGGAGAGACUGCAAAAGCAGCUGAGGGGAAAUCUACUGAAGACAUGGUGCUAGACACUGCAAAAGUAAAUGAGGCUCCACCUGCUGGGGAAAACAAGGCCCAUCCCAACACCAAGGUCAGAGAAGCAAUGGAGGUACAGGCUGCUGGCACAGAUGCACAGGACAGUCACCAAGGGGCUGAGACCAUGAAGGAAACUGUGACCCAAUCUACUGAAUGGAGCAUGCCAGAGAGUGGUGGGGCUCAGCCUACUGCAGAAGCAGCUAGGGUGCAAACUGCUGCACCUAUUGCACAAAAGUCUGAGCCUGCUACAGAAACUACAGCAGGUAAUAGUGAGUCCUGUUCUAUUGUGCAGGCCACAGAAGAGGUGGCAGUUCCUCCUGUUGCAGAGACUGAGAUACACAUUGCUGUCCCAGCCACACAAGAGUUAGCUCAAGACUCUAGUGAGAGGCAGCCUAUUGGACUGCAUGUGCAAGAGACUGAGGUCCAGUCUGCUGCACAGACAGCUGAAGCGUACACAACAGCACUAACCAUUCUAAAGUUUAUUAAAGAGACCACUGAGGCUGCUGCUAAGACCACAGAAGAAAAUGAAGCCUGUCCUACUUCAGGGACUGUGCUGGAGACGCCAGAAGAGGCUGAGUCUCUACAAUCAUUGAUGGAGACCACAGAAUUAAAGAUUAAGAGGGGUCAAGAGCCUCAAAUCCCAGCUAAUAGAACAGGCCAGGAAGGAGGGGAACAUGCAGCAAUAAGCAAGGAAGAAAUUCUGAAAGCUUCUGAGACAGAGUUCUCUGUAGAUGCUGAGUCAGAGCUACAACAGUACACUGAGCCAGAAGAUCCAUCUGCUUCUCUUGGUGCCAGCUGUGAGCUCCCUCAGACACUGGAGCCCAGUAGUGAGACACAAGCUUUCCAGCCUCUGGAAUCCAUAGUGACUGCAGUAGAUGAGAGAGGAGUCCAAGGGGAGCCUAAACAGGCUUUUUCAGCUUUUGAAACUCAAGGCAGAAAGGGGGAAAUGGCCAUACAUUCAGACUGUGGACCUACUGGCAGUGAAGCUGUGCCUUCAAAGGAGAUGUCUGCAAGAGAAGCAUCUGACCUUAUUCAUAUGGCCUGA